AUGACUUCAUUGUAUGAUACUAUUUGUGGUUUUUUUUACAUCGCAUUACCGGAGCAUAUAACUGCAUAUUCAGUCAUUUCUCAGGCAAUGGAUGAAGAGCUCUCGAUCGAAAAGGAUGAUUUAAGACAAAUAUUUCACCAAGCAAUUUUAGCUUUUGAUGAUGCUUUCGAAGGAGUACGUAGUCUUCGGGAUUUUGAGACUGCCAGACAAGAGGAUUUAUCCACCGAGACGAUUGAAAAUAAUUUGCGAGUAUUAAAAGGGAAUCUUAAAAAAAGUGAAGCACGCCAGGUUCUCAGUAGUGAAGCAGAGGAGGUUAAACAAUUACUAAAAGAAGAAUAUGAGUCUUUUAUAGAACCAGCGAAAAAGAUGGAGAUAUCUCUCCCUCCCUCAAUUGAAACACUAUGUAAUAAUUUUUUAACAAACUAUGACGAUGGCUCUACAGAGAUACCUCCACAAAAACUUUCUUAUAAAAAUUGGAAAGAGAGUGAAGAGGUUCUUAAAGAUAUUUCAGUUGGAAUACUUGAGACUUUAGGAGAGAUCUGGAAAAAUCCAGCUUUUACGCCUAAAUUUGCUAAAACACAGAGCAAGGGGACAUAUGUGGCAGAUAUUAUUGUUCCCAUUAUUCGAGCCACAUUAAAAAUUUACCAAUUGGGAAAUCUGCGUACAUUAGCACCGGAACGGCAAAGUUUGGCUAGCAAGGACAGAAGGGGAGAGAGAGGAAAGCGUCCAGACAUUAUGUUCAUAGCGAAACAUAUGGAUAGAAUCUAUGAACUAGUGUUUAGUGAAUGUUCACGCAUUGUUUGUAACGUCACCAAAGAAGAUGAUGAUAGA